GACCUGCGUGCCGCGCCUUCCACGUCGGCACACACACAUAUAUACAUACUAUUAUAACAUGGUUCCAUUCAAGCUCCGCUCUUCUGUGAUGAUGCCGUUGCUGCCGUACACUGUGGCAGCCACCUCAGCUGAACGACUCUACUGAGCUGAAGGACGACGUGUCGCGCUUUGCUUCUCACCCCCUCCUCUCCCCCUCUCCCCGACCCCCUUUGCUCUAUUUAAAAGCCUGAUUUUGAAGGAGGAGGAUGGCAUUGCCUCUUGUGGCGCCCUCGUGGCUGACGUGGCCCGAGAGCGAGACCAGCAAGCGCAACUUCAUCGACGUCAUCGACGGCCACCUCAUCGGCGAUGGGCUGCUGUCCCCCGCUGCAGAGCACCCAGAGGAGAUGGCUGAGUACCAGACCAUCAUUCGCAACAUUCUGCGGCUGUUCCAAGCGCCCCAGGGGCUGGACGGCGUGACGGUGUUUGAGGAGAUCGUGCACAAGUUCCGGUUUCAGGAGGACAGCUACCACAACCAGUAUGAGGACAUCGCAUACUCGCUCAUUUCCAUCGCACUCAGAGACCACCCUCCCACCACCGAGGUGCGGUUGGUGCGUCCACACACAAGGCGUCAACACUCGCGGCCAUGUGUGUAUGUGUAUGUGUAUGUGUAUGUGUGUGUGUGGGUGGUUGGUCAGGUGACGCGUGCGAUGCGCGACAGGGGGUUCACUCGGCUGGAGGAGUACGUGCUGUAUCGGUUCCACUGGAAGCUCUUCAAGAACUACCGCAGGUGGUGCCCCUACGUCGGCGUCAAACCGUUCCCGUGGGGCGAGGGCAGGGCCAAGCCAAAGAAAAGGACCUCGGCAGCCGUGGCCUACGAGAAACACAAGGAGAAGCAGAGGAAGAACCCAAAGACGCUCCUGAGUAAGAAAGAAAGACGUCUUGGGGCGUGUAUGUGUGUAUGUGUACGUGUGUGCGUGUCGCUUCGUUCAGUGCUGAUGGCCCGCGAGAUAGCGUUGUGGAAGCUGCUGUGGGGCGAGUCGGCGAACCUGCGUCACUGCCCCGAGAUGCUGCUGUUCAUCUUCCACUGGAUGGUCAAGAGCUGGGACGACGUCGAGCCCCACAAGAUGCCCGCCUACAUCGAGACCAUCAGCCCGGUCAUCAACAUGUUCUGGGAAGAGAUGCGGUGCGUGGACAUGCACCUACCUGUGGGCGUGAGCUGCCUGCACCCAAAUGUGUGUCUGCCGAUUUGUCCGUCAGUCGUGCCUCUGGCGACCACCCCGUCAAGAUGAACUACGAGGACUUCAACGAAAUAUUUCACAAGGCCCCGUUGGUGCACAGGUGGCUGGGCGUGGUGGGCAGGGCCGGCCUGGGCGGCGUGUGGAAGGGCAACCUCAUCGCCGUCAUCAGGAUGGAGACGCAGUCGCGCCAGCUCGUCCAUAUACACCCACCCAGAGGGCGGAGGAAGACCUUCAUCGAGCAGCGGAGCUACCUGCAUGUAAGUGGGUGGGUGGGGGAGGGAGGGAGGGAGGGAGGGAGGCAGGGACGGGUGCGUGCGAGGCUUGGGUGUAAGUGUUGCACAUACAUGUUAUGCGCUCAUUCGUUCGUCUCGUCGACAGUUCUUCCGCACCUGGUGGCGGUUCUACCACGCCCACCUGGUCACCCUUCUCAUUCUGAUGGCGUUCCGCGCACGGCAAAAAGGUCGGUGAGUGCCACACCACACCACACCGCAAUUCCGACCGUCUGUGUGUGUGUUGUGUGGGGUGAUCAGGGUGGGACUGGGAUGGUUGGUGGGGCAUGGUGGCGAUGGGGUCCUCUGGAGGCGGGGUCGUUCGCGAGAUGCUGGACAUCUUCUUCUACUGGCUGGCGCCCAUGCCCUUCCUGCAGCGGGCCUACGACGUCAUCGAGAACAUGAGGCGGCUCAACUGGUACCCUACCCCAUCUAGUCCACACAGCCAUUCAUUCUCUUCUCGCCAUGGUGUGUGUGGUGUGCAGGUGGGCUCGUCAAGGCAUGGCGGCCGUCCGGUGGGGGUUCUUCCUGGCCGCCGUGUACGUCAGGCACACGAGCCCCAGUGGCCUGAGCGACCCCCUCCUGCAGCCGACAGGGUACAUCUGCGGCGGCUACCUCGUUUUCUACGCUGCCCACGGGCUGUCGUACUUUCUCAUCCGUGCGCGGAGGGCCGUGCGGUGCUGGCGCAGGAACCCUUCCAACUGGAGCUCUCACGCGACGUACUAUGGAAACGCCACCAUGCUCAGCGACGAGUACAGACACUUGGUGGGCGUCGAGGGUGGGCGGGUGGGUCGGUGGGGGCUGGAAGGUGGCCGUGCACAGUGCGUUGGUGUGUGCGCGUGUGUGUGUGUGUGUGUGCAGGCGGCGUAUGGGCUGUUUUGGGCGCCGAUUAUUGUGUCGAAGCUGUACAUGACCUACACCUUUCUGGUCAGCUCCUUCAUGGAGUUUCUGGAGCUCGUCAACAGCUCGGACGGAGAGCCGCUCACGUGCGCACACACCUACCACCACAGACGCAGACACAGACACAAGACACACGGACUGUAGCAGAGUAUGUGUGCCCGGAGUGGUGAUGCCUUGGUGUGUCGGCUCGCCUCCUUCUUUGCAGGUAUCAGUUUCUGUGGUUUCGUUUUGUGGACAUGCCCAAGGUGACGCUGUUCAUUUACUACGUGCCACCCAUGUUCCUGCUCUUUUUCUACGAUAUCAUGGUCAGCCAGUCAGGCGCCGACAGACCGGCCGAACGACCUGUGUGUGUGUGUGUGUGGUCAGUUUUACUUUUCGAUAUUCCAAUCUUUUGUCAGCUGGCUCAUUGGAUGGUUCAGGGGGGUAAGUGUUAGCCAGUGAGUCCGACAGCGGAACAGACAGGCAGGCGAGGGCAGCUGCUUGUGUGCAUGUACCUCUUUCUUCGUGUGUGUGUGUCAGAUCGGCUUCAUCCACAACCUUUCGGUUAUCCAAAAGGUCUUCCCUCUGCUGCCAGUACAGGUGGGCCCCCACUCUCCCACCCUCCGUGACGCACACACACACAUCCAUCCAUCCAUCCAUGUGUCUGUUGUGCCUGUGUGUUCCUGGUUGGUUGGUUGGUUGAUGCGUGUGCAGUACGACCGUCUGCUGUCCGAAGAUGCGGGCGGUUCCCUCCACGGCCUGCAGCUCCCCACGUCGCCCUCGCCCAACGCCAAUGGCUCCGGGCUCGACUGGCUGCUGCAUUGCAUCAUGUGCUGCCUCUGCUGCGGCGUGUUCCGACGGAAGCAGCGGAUGAAGGUUACGCCCAAGUCUUACUUCAGGUAUGUCAUGUCAGCCACGCACACAGCACAGAUGACAUUGCUGGUGGUGGGGGUGCGAUGGGCGUCAGGUCUCACUCGCGGCCAAAGUACGCUCACCCGCUGCGGAAAACGUCCCGGCAAUCGUCCCGCCCCACCCCGACCUCGAACAUGGCCCUGCCCCUCCCCCCGACCAACACCCGCAACACAGACACAUCAGACCAUCACAGGAAAGCCGCCAAUGCGUCGGUGGCUGUGGAUGAAGACACAGCUGCUGCUGAUGGUACUGCUGGUGAGACCCUCACCAGCGUGCUCAUCCGCCCCUCUCUGCCCCUCCCGACAUCCACGUACACCUCCGCCCCUCCCUCGACAUGCAGGCGGCGCACCCUGCCUUUGCUGCACGCACAAGGGCCCAACGCGGAGGACAGCGAGUCAGAUUAUUCCCCGCGGCCCACGGCGGCUUGCGGUGCCACCGGCGACCCAUUCGGCCCUGCUGCUCACGCCGGUCAUACUGGCGGCCUCGCCAAUGCGCCGUGUCGGAGGAAGGAGCCUGCAGACGUGCUGGGGGGUGGUGGGUCUUGGUGGCACCGUGAGAUCGCUGCCGUGUAUGACAACACCGUCCCGGCAGAGACUGUCGAGCACCAAAUCCGAAGGUGGGCGGGUGGGUGGGUGGGUGGUCGUGUGUGUGACGCAGUUGUCCGACCCAUUCAUUGAUUGCUCAGGUUUGGUUUUCUGUGGAACGAGGUGGUUGAGUCAUGGCGCGAGGAGGAUUCCAUCGACAACGCCGAGAGGUGCAAGCUGCAGUUCAACGAGCUGCCGGCAAUACACUUCAAAGACAUCAGUGUGAGUACUCGCACACAGGAGAGAGAGACGCAAGGCCAGGCCAUUCACCCUUCCUUCCUUCCUGCAGGAGCUGACCAUGGCGAGUUGCCAUGAGGAGGGCGAUGUGGGCGUGUCGUGGGAUGGUGAGAUCCGGCAUCCGGUGUGGGUGUACUGCGACGUCCUCAAGACCUUCCAAAGGGAAUGUGAGAAGCACCAGAGCCACGUCAAUGACAUCUGGGAGGGGCUGCGGGUGAGUGAGUCAGCGAGUGCCUCUGAGACGCUGUCCAUCCCCCCUAAUACGCACCCUUCCCUCCCUCCCUCCCUGCCUCCCUCCCUCUGUGUGUCUUCCUCUCAGGCCCAUUAUCGCUUCAAUGACAACUUCACCCAACUACACCUGCAAGAAGUCUUGGACCUCCCUCCCACAUCCACAGCAAUCACCACCACCAGCAGCAGCCAAUGGGCUCUCACAGCCAAGGCCAAAGUCAAGAGAGCCCUCACGAAGGCGGGCGAAGACUUCGUCAGGAGGCACUUCGGCAAGUCCACGGUGACCCUGGCCGACCCGCGCAAGGACAGCCACCAGUUUCUGCUGCGGCUGGCGCUGCUGGAGAUCUAUGAGGCGCUGUGCUUGUACCUGACGAGGUUCUUCCCCGACGGGGGCAGCAUCGCCUUCAAGCUCUGCUCGCUUGUCCGACGGGUGAGUAAGCCGUUUGACGGGCAACACACAGACGGCAACAGAUGUCUGUCUGCAUGUCCGUGCUGAUCAGGUGGGCCGUGACCCUUUCUGCCUGUGUUUGCUGAAUUUGAAUGCGGCCAAGGACUUGCAGGCCACCCUGGCGGCCGUCUUCGCCGCAGCACAGGGCGACAACGCGGUCAAAGUGGAGGAGAGCGGCGUCAGGCUGCUCAAGGCGCUUCAAAAGGUGGCCCUCCCCGCCCUCCUGUCCACUCGCGGCUCGCCCGUGUUGGCGUCACGAGGCAUGCUGCGGCACUUCCCGGAGCUGGUGGAGUUCCUCGAGGCCGUCGGCGAGACACUCGCCAUCAGACAGUCCCUCAAGUGGUGGGUGGGCAAGAGACCCUCAUCCAUCCAUCCACCCACCCACCCAUCCGGCCACUUGGCGUGUGUGUGUUGUUUGUGUCAGUGUGGGCAAGGCGGACACCCACACCCACACCAACACGCCCAUGUCGACUGACGCCUCCUUCCGCUCGUCGAGCGAGACGGCCAGCUGGGACGACACAGAGACAGAGACCGAGACCGAGACUGAGACAGGGACAAAGACCGCCCUGGACAGCCUGAUGGACCGCGUGGACAGGGACUUCGGCUCCAGCCGGGCCAGUAGUGGGUCCGACGUCUUCUACAGCCCACGAUACGACACCCCCACCUCCACUUUCUCGUCAUCAGAGGCGUCUCCACAUGUACCAUCAUACCCCCCGGUGAGGGACUUCGAAGCACAUGCUCGUCGGCUCGGUGUGGGAGAAAGUGGGACGGCGAGGUACGUAUCGCCUGCUGCCGCAACACCGCCACUGCCAGUGGCGAGCACAGAGGCCUCUGUGGGCAGUGGUGGUGGUGGUGGUGGGGAAAGCGACAUGGACGAGUGCGAGUGUGGUGAUGCGACUGCUGUCAAAGGCGAGGAGACGGCCCGCGAAGAAGAGUGGUGGAGCGUAGAUGACCUGCAGGUGGGUGGGUGGGUGGGUGAUGGCAACGGAGCAUGGAUGUUUGGUCUGUUGUGUUGUGUUGUGCUGUGUUGUGUUGUGUUGUGGUUGUGGUUGUGCUGCAUUUAGGAAAGGGUUCUGGUGCAUCAGCCUCUGAGGUUAUCUGAUGCGCUGAAGCUCUUCUUCCGCCGGGCCAACCGCAUCCUCACAGCACAUGGAUACAGACUCAAGACGGGGCUCGCACAGACCAGGUACGCGAUCCUCACCCACACCCACACCCACACCCACGCACACGUUGCAUCCCUCUCUGCCGUGUGUGUGGGUGGGUGUGCAGGUUGAAGUAUUUCUCGAGCUCGCUGUUCAUGGAGAUGCCCGAGGCGCCCAGCGUGCAGCGGAUGGUGUCCAUGUGCACAUUCACCCCCACAUACACGGAGGACGCCAUGAUGAACGCAGCUGUAACCCACCCAACAGCACUAAAUGAUGGAUGGAUGGAGGGGUGUGUGUGUGUUUGUGUGUGGUGCAGAUGCUGAACGAGAAGACGAUGGAGGGCGUGUGUCAGUUCGACUUCAUCCGCACCAUGUACAGCCAGGAGUGGGCCAACUUCCUGGAGAGGAUGGACCCACAGGGGGUGCGAUACGACUGGUACCAGCACAGCCAGACACACAGGGGCGUCCUCAGCAAAGACACCAACACUAUGGCCGCCAAGUAAGGGCGCAGUGAUCCAUGGACAUCCAUCCACAGACGUGCCAAAAUGCGUCGUGCUGUGUGUGUGUGUGUGUGUGCGUGUGUGUGUGCGUGUAUAGGUUUGAGAAGGACAUAGAGGAGUGGGCGUCCAACAGGACGCAGACCCUCUGGCGCACACUGAGGUCCGUCAUGUACUACGAACAAGCCUGCAGGAUGCUGGUCAGUCAGUCAGCCACCCAACACUGCACACACCCAUCACCCUGUCUGGCUGUCUGACAGGCGUGGAUGGAGUUGCAGGCGCAGCGGGGGCUGAGGGUGCACCUGUGCCACGACCGCAACCUGCUGUCCUUCGAGCAGAACGAGCGGCUCAACUGGCAGAAGGUCCCCGUCCAGCCAGACACACCGGAGAAGAUGAUAGGUGAGUCAGCGGGUGUGCUAAUGGUGGUGCUCCCAUUGCCUGCCUGCCUGCCUGCCUGCCUGUCUUCCUGCGUGUCUGGUCUGUAGAGUUCCUGCGUCGAUGGGACCGGUGGCACAAGCACAGGACGUCCACCGACCACAGGCCCUACAAUAACGACCCCGUUGCAAAGGUGGGAAGCAGAGCACUCACAGCGAACUCCCCUCACCUGUCUGUGGGCCCAUGUGUGUGUAUGCCUUUCCUUUGCUCGUUCAUCAGGCGCUGGCAGUGCUGCGGUUCCAGUACGUCUUGACGGCGCAGACACUGGGCGAGGACCUCAAGGCCCCUCCCUCCAACAUCUCCGCCGCCAACCGAGUCCGGUGCAUCACCGAGAUGUGCAGGCGCUACCCCACGAUGCGCGUGGCGGCCAUCGAGAACUGCGACAUCGUCCUUCCCUCGGGCAAGGCCAAGACGGCGCGUUGCUCGGUCUUGUACAGGUGGGACGUCAGCCAGCAGCGGCUGGUGCGGGUGUAUAGGAUCGUGCUGGGGCUGCUGGAGGGCGCCGCAGGGGCCAGGUCAGAGAGACAGACACAGACACACCAUUCGGUGGAUGGUGCGUUUCCGUGUGACUUGAAUGCUCUCUCUCUCUCUCUCUGUGCGUGUGUCUGCAGGAAUCCUAUUGUCGGGGAGGGCAAGAGUGAGAACCAGAACCACGCCAUCAUCUUCACGCGCGGCGAGACCAUCCAGGCCAUCGACAUGAACCAGGAAAUGUACCUAGAGGAGGCCCUCAAGCUGCGCAACCUCCUGCAAGAGUUCGCCAAAGACUCCAAGAUGGCCAUUAUGGGAUUCCGCGAGCACGCCAUCCUCCCCGGGGCCCUGACGCCCUCCUACCUGGCGAGUGUGCAGCAGACGUGCUUCACUUCCCACGACGCGCGGGCCUUCCACAUGCCCAUGCGAGUGCGGUUCCACUACGGCCACCCUGACGUGUUGGACCGGUACCUCGUGCAGACGAUGGGCGGCAUGAGCAGGGGUAGCGCCAUUAUCAACGUGACCGAGGACGUCUACUGCGGCAUGAAUUACGUCCAGAGAGGAUACUCUUCCUCACAAGUCGACUACAUCAUGGUAAAUCCAAUCGCACCACUACCCACACACAUGGAUGGAUGGAUGGAUGUGUGUCCGUGUGUGUGUCCAGUGUUCGAAGGGCUGGCCGAACGACCUGGAUCAAGUGGUGGCGUUCAUGCGCAAGGUGGCGUGCGGGAGCGCCGAGGCGCAGACGUCCAGCCGGGACGCUUACAGGAUGGCUUACGGGAUGGACUUCCUGCGCCUGCUGUCGCUCUUCGCGGCCUUCCCCGGGUGGAACAUCCUCAAUCCGCUGGGGUUCUUCCUCCUGUGGCUGAGAAUGUACUCCCGGAUACUCAUCCACGCCUUCAUCGGUGAGAGAGAGCAGGGACGCAUGCGUAUCCCUCUCUCUGUCCCUCUGUGUGUGCGUGUGUGGUGUGGGUGGGUGGGUGGGUGGGUGGGUGACACGCUCAGCCUAUAUCCCUGGGCGGCUGCUGACCUUUAUGAAGGGAGAGGAUUCUCGCGCGAUUGACGGGAUGGAAGUGUUCUGGCUGGUCCUGGUCGUACUCUUCUACCUCAAGUAAAUCCGGAGAGGGAGGGAGCUUGUAUUGUGUCUCAUUCCUGCCUCCACACUGUGUGUGUCCGUGUGGUAGGUACUGCUCGAUGGUUGCUAUGGAGAACGGCGUCGGUGCGGGCAUCGAGCACCUGUGGUUCCACAUCCGGUCGUUGUCUCCCCUACACUACACCUUCACAAGUAAACCGUCCACCCAUCCAGCCACCCAUCCAGCCACACCGACGUGUGUGUGAUGUGAUGCGGUAUGUCUUCCUCUGUCCUCUGUGCAGUCGGCACAUGGGCCAGCAGCUUCGACGAGACGAUCCUGUUCGGCCGGGCCAAGUACCUGAAUGCUGGCCGGGGGUUUACCGUCAACCACAGAGACCUCAUCCACCUCUGGAAGCAAUACUACUACUCCCACUUCCAAGUCGCCGUGGAGCUGCUGCUCCUGCUCUUCUAUCUGCGCGUCAGUCAGUGUUGGAGGGAGAGUGGAGGGAGUGUGGGGCGUUCGUUGCACGUGUGUGUCACGUGUCGUGUGGGUUUGUGUGUGUGUGUGUUUGUGUGUGUGUGCAGUUUCUGCAGGAUAUGCACCCGAUAAGAGCUGUGAGCAUGUGGUGGCUGUACCUGCUGGCGGGGUCGUUCCUGUACGUGCCGCACCUCUACAACCCCAUGGGCCUCUCGUGGGGCCACCUCACCUCCGAUAUCAUCACCUUCUCAAAGUGGAUGCGGUCAACGGUCAGUGCGCUGCGCUGCGUUUCCAUCCUCCCUCCCUCCCCCCCUCACUCGUGUGUGUGUGUGUGUGUGUGUAUAUAUAUCAGGAGAGGCAUGACAUUGACGAGAGUUGGUACGCCUGGUGGCGGCAGCAGAUGGAGUUCCGCAACAGCGCCUCGCCACUCAACAAGGUCAUCAUCUUCACACGCGAGUGGAGGUUCCUGCUCCUAGCCUUCUGCUUCGCCAAAGCAGCCAACUGGUGGGUGCGUCACGGUGCGUUGCACAAAGGAGGCGAGCGAUGCAUGGAUGGAUGGCCACACGGUGUGCAGGCAAUGGCAUGAGCUGAUAAGCCUGAGCAUGCCUAAAGGGGGCUGGACGUACGAGAGCGUCGUCACGUGGGCCACCAGCCAGGAGGACCUGGAGCGCCUGGCUGAGAAGAGCCCUUUGCUGGCGCCGCUGAUCUUCACGGUGCUGCUGGUGGUGGCCAUGGGCAUGUCCACCGACAGGGGCAAGAAGACGCACCAACCCAACCUCCACAGCACUCUCACAACGGUAUCCCCUACCCUCCCACAAGAAACACUGUGUCUGUCUGUCUGUCUCUGUCUCUCCUCCGAUGAAUGCACGGUUUGCAGCAUCGAGUGAUAUCCCGUUUCGUGACCCUGGCAGCCGGAGCGGUGCAGAUCGGUAUAGUGGUGCUCCUGCUGACCCCUCAUGUGACUGCCCCCACCUACCGCCUCUCCUUUGGCACUGUCAUCGGCGGCAUGGCGGCCUGCCUGCUCUCCUUCUCCUGCGUGGCCAACCUCCUGGCAGAGUGCUUCGGCGUCCUCGAGUGGGCCCCGGUCGUCGAGACCAUGCGAUUGUGGCACUUUGGGCUCGGCAUGGUUAUCACGAGCCCGCUGCUGCUUGUCGCUGCGGUGCAGUACCUCCUGAGCCCGAGCGAGAUGCAGACGCACUACCUUCUGGCCUCUUAUGGCGUGGCAAGAAGCCAGCUGCACAUGGGUCAUGUGCAGAAGAUGCUGCACAAGAUACGGAUGGACAACAAGCAGGAAGCAACGGUCGAGUACACAGCACCGACACCAGCAGCGGCAGCAGCGGCAGCAACAGCAGCAGCAGCAGCAGCGGAGGCAGGGGAGGAGGGGCCGAAGGACAGUGCACGCAGCAGAAGUAACAGCAUCGCCCGGGCAGUUGAGACCCCUCCCGCCCAGCGGAGCGACCGUCCACUCGUGUUGCCUUUCGACCCCAGAGACACUGCAGGUGUUGGUGGAUUGGGGCGGGGAGAGCCUGCUGGCCCCAUGGCUGCUGCAGGUGGCUGUGGUGGAGGGGCAUCGCCAUCACCAUCGCCCUCGCCCUCGCCAUCACCCUCAUCGUCGUCCUCGUCGGGUGAGGGUGGUGGCUGUUGGUCUAGAAGAGCCUUCACAAGAUGAGCAGCAGUGGCAAAGCGGGGCUGUCGGGCGACACUAGUACUAUUCUUAUGUUGUCGCUGAUGGCGGACGGUGGCUGUCCCAUUUCGCGUCCCAUUGCAUUACAUCGCAUGGUGAACACAAUAAAUAGACAGGCAAACAGCCAGACAGACAGGCAAGUGGAUACACAGACAGAC